GUGUGACGGAGGGCGGUUGGGCCCUGACUGUGCUACAGACGCUUAAUCCCGCAGGCUGGCGGCCCCCAGAGAGCCAGGGGCAGGUCACUGUAGAGAAGAGGGUGACCGCUAUUUCAUGCAUCAGCUCGGGGUCCGGAGCUCAGCUGAGGAUCCACGCUUGGCUACUCUCCACCCACAAGCAAACCUUGUCUCCCCGGCGGCCGUGUGUUAGGAGGGCACACAGACACACCGCUGUAUCCCUCAGCCAUGGGCUUGCCAGCCACGUCCCAAUACAGGCCGAGGCCAACAGCCCUGCCACGCAGAGCUAAGUCAGGAGCCAGUCAGAAGAUGAGAACUGGGCUUGCCGGGAUAAAGGCUUGUCCUUGUCUCUUGCUUCUCUCUGCUCUUGUUCGUUCUCUGAUAAUGGUAAGUGUUAGUCACCCCGGGACGGGGCAGCAGCGAACAGAGGACCAGGAACAAGAGGCUUAUAGCUGUAAAGAUGCUGCCUUCCCUCACAUGCGGCAGUGGUGAGAGACCGCCCGUCAGCGCCAGACUCUGGGGACAGCCGUGUGAAUUUCCCAUUGUUCUGCACUCAGCUCUGACUUAGGAAAGGGGUGGAACGGCCUGCAGAGCUGUGCAGAACAGUCCUCCUGUUGUUUUACAGUCGGAAUGGGAACCGGGUUUCUUCACUUCAGAGCGUGAUGCGCUAUCAGGUCCUGUUGUCGCUGAUGCUUUCCAGCCAGACCAAAGAUCAGGUGACCUCGGCAGCCAUGUUGCGCUUGAGGGAGCACGGCCUUACGGUGGACAACGUUCUGCAGACGGACGACGGGACGCUGGGGCAACUCAUUUACCCGGUGGGCUUCUGGAAGAACAAAGUGAAGUACAUCAAGCAGACGACGGCAAUCCUGAAGCAGCAGUACGGGAGUGACAUCCCCGGGACCGUGGAGGAACUGAUGAAGCUGCCGGGCAUUGGACCCAAGAUGGCUCACUUGGUCAUGGCCAUUGCCUGGAACAACGUGACUGGCAUCGGCGUGGACACCCACGUGCACCGGAUCACGAACCGCUUGCGAUGGGUGAAGGAGGAAACUAAGACCCCCGAGGAGACCCGAGUGGCGUUGGAGGACUGGCUGCCCAGGGAUCUCUGGGGUGAGAUCAACUGGCUCCUCGUGGGAUUCGGCCAACAGAUCUGCCUGCCCGUGAGCCCGCGCUGCCAGGAGUGCCUCAACAGAGACAUCUGCCCAGCGGCUAAGAGAUGCUGAGGGAACAGCUGCUCCCAGAGCGGCCCUGGGGUGGGCAAGCCGCCGGGCUCGAUGCCCCCGUAAGACUGGGGCGGGUGAGGGGAGAUCUCGUGCGGCAGAGCGCUGGGCUGAGGAGAGCUGCUCUCUGAAGAGGACAAGCUUGAAGGGCGGCCGUCCUGCUGAGUCAGCGCUGCAGGCCCAGGCCGGGCGUGGGUGCCCAACACACACCGCAGGGACGGUGGGAACGAGGCGCACGGCGGGAUCUGCUGGAGUUGGGAGGGGACCUCGGCCGGCUCGGUGUCUUGCCAAGCCCAGGGGCCCUGCCUCGGGCGGCGGGGGCACACCCAGGUUUGGGCGAGUCGGGGGGUGUCCGGCGGUUUUCUGACAUGGCUCCAGCGCAGGAGAGAACUGUGGCUGGCUCCGCCUCCGUCUGAGGGCCCAGGGCAGGCCCGGCCCGGCCCGGCAGCAG